AGCUGCAGCUCUGGAUGAAUUUAUUUUUACAUCCAAAAGAUGUUUGAGUUAUAAGAAGAAAAAGAGGAAACGUAUUUCUUGCAGCUCUGUGGAGGACGAUGAAGACUCUGUCCUGAAUCAACAUAAAAAAGACUGAACUCCAUCAUAGAAAGAAAACUCAGCCGCUUCCUGGUGUGUUUAUCUGUUCUUCAUUUUAAAAGCGGAUUCAUUGAGACUGAGUGGAGAUGCAGCCUGAAGCUCAGCAGACAACUCAACAAACAGCCACAGGCAUACUGGAUCCUGCAGAUCUGUACCUGCGCCGGAGGAGGACGGCCCUGUGGGUGACUGUGUUUCUGCUGGCUCUGUCUCUGGUGGUGCUGACGGUGGGUCUCAUCUCUGCCACCCGCACCGACAAUGUGCCCGUCGCUGGGUAUUACCCGGGCAUCACCCUCAGUUUUGGAGCAUUUCUGGGAAUUGUCGGCAUCCACCUGGUGGAAAACCGCAGACCCAUGCUCGUGGCAGCGAUCAUCUUCAUCAGUAUCGGGGUCAUCGCGUCUUUCAUCUGUGCCAUUGUGGACGGGAUCAUCGCUUCAGAAUUCAUUGACAUUAGACCCCUGCAGGAGGACAUGUGCGACUUCUACACCAGUGGAUCCGGCUACGCCUACGACAGCUACUACACAGAGGUGACGUGUCGCUCAUUUGACAAAGCCUGCAAGCUCAAACUGAGGAGCAACACCUGCUACUGCUGCUACCUGUACAACUGUGAGAGCAUAGAGUACCACACACAGUACUUCGAGUUCACUGGUGUCGGCAGCUGCUGGGACGUGAUCCACCUGUACCGUCUGCUGUGGGCCUCAGUGGUGCUCAACGUGAUCGGCCUGUUCCUGGGCAUCAUCGCUGCCGCCAUCCUCGGCGCGUACAAGGACAUGAAGCCAAAUCCGCAACUGGCUCCCAGCCCUGCACCGCCACCCCACAUCCUGUACAACCCCACCCAGCACAUGCUCACCUACGCUGGGUUCUGUCCUUCGGGACAGAGUCUGCCUGCCUACCCCAACUAUCCAAUGUCCAUGCAGCAUAACAGCAACUACCAGGCACCUGCUACGCCCCAGAUGAACCCAGACGGAGGCCUCUCCUCCACCUCCUGCCCGUCUGAGGAGAACCAGCCGCCCUCUCAGGCCUCCACCCAGCCCCAGGGAGCCACCCAUGAACCAGGCGGCUUCAUGCUGACUCCCAACGCUCCCGUCCUCUACGGAUCCUCCUUCGGCUCCUUUGAGAAACCUCCUCCUUACGCCUGCUGAUCCCUCAGGCAUGUUGGGAUCUGAUCUGAUCAGGCAGAGUGUAGCAUAUUUCAGACAUUUCUUAGGUGACCUUAUAGAAGGAAAACACACCAGUGAGCUUCACCACUUCUGAUUUAAAAGCUGUUUCAUGUUUCUGGUGGACGUGGACGUGAACUGAACAGAUUUAUAGUGUGAAUAUAUAGACAUUAUUUAUAUAUAUAUAUUUCAUGUGCAUUCAUUGAGAGAAUCGGUUCUGGAAACACACUUCUGCUUCCAUGACGAAACUUAGAUCGAGAGAACUGAUACCACUCACAUCUAUAGGUAAAUAUGAGCCAGCAGCUGUUUAUCUUAGCUUAGCUUAGCAUAAAGACAGCCACCCUCAUUCUGUUCAAAGGUUAACAAAGUCUGUCUAAAUCAUUUCCUUUAACCCUAGAGCUGAUCUUCAGAUGCUCACAUAUUACAUAAAGAGAUUAUAGAAAAUGAACUGUGAUCUGACAGUUUGUUUCUGUUCUACAGGUGUAUGUGUGUAUUGUCUCACUAAACUAUCUACCGUAGAGUAAAUAAAAGGGCUUUCUUGUAAUGUGAACUGGAGAGUAAAUGACGUUACUUAUGUUUGUGUGAAUCAUUUAAUGUGCACUUUAAAGUUAAUACACUGGAUAUAUUAUUUAUGAUGCAUGUUCACGGCUGUGGGAUGGGCUGCUGUAGCUGUUGCCACGAGAUACAUUAUGUAUAGAAAAGGCACCUGUAAGAAAUCCAUGAUGUAUGAAAAUACAUGUGGAGUAAGGGCUUUAUCAUUUUUGGGAAAAAAAGUGUAUUUGUUUAGCUGCUGAAAGUCAGGUGAGAAGAUUUAAAGAUUGAUAUGGUGGCCCACAAGUGUCGAUCAGAAUGCAAAAGUCACAACAAAAAUAUAAAAGUCACAAAACAAAUGUGAAAGUCCCAACACGAAUACAAAAGCCACAACACAAAGAAAGUGAGUGACAAUAGAUGUUGAUCAGUUGCCAUGGCAAUACUUACACGGCAGACUCACUUCCAUUGUCAGUGCAGUUUUUUGCAUCCUGUUUGACACUUCUGGGCCACUGUAGUUACACUACUCGUUUGUUAGAGAAGUUACACGCCAGCCGCCAGUUAACCUAGGUUAGCAAAAAGUCUUCAAAUGGGGAAAUGGCAACUCUGGCUCUGUCUGAACGUAAUA